AUGCACGGCAGGUCGCUGGGUCAGAACUCCCACCUCUCAGGCUCACUGCCCCGCGCCCUCUCUCGCCUCACCACCCUCCAAGAGAUGUCAGCACCUGCCACCCCCGCUCCUCCUCAUCCUCCACUCCUGCCCGUUGCUCCUCCACCACCCCUGUCUGCUCCUCUCCCCCCCUCCUCCCCUUCGCACCCCUGCUUCAAUCUAACUCUUCACCCCUCUGCACCGCCUCUCACCACUCUGUCUUGCACUGCCUCCUAUAGCACCUGUUGUCUCCCCUCUCAUGCACCCAGCUACUCCCACCACUCUCUCCUCCACCUCUCUCUCCUCCACCACUCUCUCCUCCACCUCUCUCUCCUCCACCUCUCUCCCCUCCACCUCUCUCCCCUCCACCUCUCUCCCCUCCACCUCUCUCCCCUCCACCUCUCUACCCUCCACCUCUCUCCCCUCCACCUCUCUCCCCUCCACCUCUCUCCCCUCCACCUCUCUCCCCUCCACCUCUCUCCCCUCCACCUCUCUACCCUCCACCUCUCUCCCCUCCACCUCUCUCCCCUCCACCUCUCUCUCCUCCGCCUCUGCCACUGGCCUCCGUUUUCAUCUUCCCUACUCCUCCCAUUCUCUUCCUCUUCCUCCCUCCUCUCUUUCACCGACAUCUCCCUCUGCCCCUCACCCUCUCCUCGCUCUCGGCCCCUUCACAAGCUCAUGUCCCUCCAAUCGCAUGCCACUGCGUAUGCCGCUACAUUGCCUUAUGAAUUCCUUCUUUGCUUGCCAUCCUGCGCCUCUCUCCUCUUCGUCAUGCCUCAUCUCCCUCCCUUUCCAUGUGCCCCAUCUCCCUUCUUCGCUCAUCGUUUCAUCGUCUCCCGUCCUCAACACAUCAUCUCCCCUCCCCUAUCCUCCUCCCCCUCUCCUCCCCCUCUCCACCAGCACACUCGGAGACACGGCCAUUUCAGGCGAGCUGCCUCGCUUCCUCACCGCCCUCACACGUCUCACCAGCCUGUGCGCCGUCCCCAUCCCUCUGCCUCCCCACCCUCUGUGCCCCUCUCUUCGCCCCCCCUUGCACCUCUCUCGCCCCUCUGCACUCUUUGUGUCAUUCGUAUAUCUCAAAUUCCUACUUCCUGCCAUAUUUACUUCCUGCCAUAUCUACUUCCUGUCAUAUCUACUUCCUGCCAUAUCUCCUUCCUGCCAUAUCUCCUUCCUGCCAUAUCUCCUUCCUGCCAUAUCUCCUUCCUGCCAUAUCUCCUUCCUGCCAUAUCUACUUCCUUCCAUCUCAACCUUCUGCCAUCUCAACCUUCUGCCAUCCUGUUCAACCUAACGAAUGCUGCUUGCUUCAACCCGCACCCUCCCUCCCAUUCUGUCAUUGCCUUUCGUUUUCUCUUCUCCUUUUCCCCCCCUCCCUUCUGUCCCCAAACCUUCAGCGGGUGCAGUGGCGCUGCUGCUGCUGGUGUUGGCGUUGGGGUGGGGGGUAUGGAGGUGGAGGAAGGGGAGGAAAGGGAGGGAGCAGUCGGGGGAGGAUUCGACUCGUUCCCCCCGCGCAUUCCCCCGCCUAAUUUCCUUCUUCCCGCCCUUUCCGACAUUUCCCCUCCAGCUGCGCCCAUGCUAAACCGCUCACCUGCCUGCCCUCACAUCCCCCUGGCGGACAUCCUCAGAGCCACCAAUGGGUGGGCGGAGGGGCGGAGGGUGGGGGGAGGCAGGUGGAGUGACGUGUACCGGGGGGAAUGGGUGGAGGAGGGGGAUGGGGGGAAUGGGGAGAAGCAUGGGGGGAAGGAUGAAGGGAAGGAGACGGAGGGAAUAGGAAAGAUGAAGCGGCAAGGGGGAGAGGUGUCGGGGAGGGCCAAGGGGAAGCGGGAGGGGAGCGACAAGGGGGGAGGCUCACAAGGCAAGCAGCUGUCAGGGACGAAGGUGUGGAAGGGGGGAAGGCCGGGGGACAAUUGGGCAGUGAAGCGCAUGAGGGGGGGGGCGCAUGGGGCAGAGAGGGCGGAGUUUGAAGCUCAUGUGGCGGGCUUGGCUCCCCUUGGUCACCCCAACGUGCUGGCUCUCGUGGGCUGGUGCUGCUGCCCUGUAGAGAAGGAGGGGGUGGGGGGUGCAGAGGCAGAGGGGGAGGGCGGGGAGAAGGAGGCGCGUGUGUGGGGCGAGAGUAAAGUGGCAGCAGGAGGGAGCGGGCGGGAGGGGGGGAAUGAGGUGGUGUUGGUAUACAAGUGGAUGGAGCGGGGCAGCUUGGAAGCAGCACUGCAACCAGGCGCCACCCCGUUGUCGUUGCAGCAGCGGGUGGGCAUAGCAGUGGGCGUGCUGAGGGCGCUCAAGGCAGUGCAGAGCCACGGGCAGGUGCAUGGCGACCUCAAACCCUCCAACGUGCUGCUCGGGGCCUCCUACGAGCCACGUGUGGCUGACUGGAGUGUGCGUGGGGGUGCUGCUGCUACAGCUGCUCACCUCCCCCCUCCACCGCCCCCCCAUCCCGCCUGUGUGCCCAUCCUCCCCGCCAGUGUGGGAGUGCUGCUGCUACAGCUGCUCACAGGGUGGGCGGGUCCCUUCAGGGAUGUGGAUGGGCAGCGCACCCACAUCUACCCCUGGGUGCGCCCAACAGCACCUAACAGCCGGCCCUUCCGCUCCUCCCUGCUUGAUCGGGUGAAAUCAGGGGACAGGGAAGGGGGAGAAUGCGGGGAAGGGGAAAAAGGGGAGGGGGGAGAAAAGGGGGAAAAGGGAGAGGGGGAGGGAGGAAAGGAGAGGGGAGAGUGGGAGAGGGGAGAAGAGGAGGGUAGAGGAGAAGGGGAGGGAGGAGAAAAGGGAGAGGAUGUGGGGGAGUGUGUGAGGGUGGAGAGUGGAGGGAGAAGGAGUGGGGUGUCCAUUGAGGAAAGCUCUGAGGGAGCGGGGAGAUGGAGCGGUGGCAGUGCGCUGGGUGCCAGGCUGGCAAUGCUCGGUGCAGUGGAUAGUAGGGAGUACGUGGUGUAG